GCCCCCUGCCCGCGCACGGUCCCGCUCCGGGUUCCCUGUGUCGCGCGACCACUAUAGUUCCGGCUGCGGCGCGCGGGCGGAAGCUUUAUGCGGCCGGACUGCGCCGGCGUGGGGCGCCGGCAUUUUUCUGUUUAUAGCUGUCUGUCUGCGUUCUGAUUGGGAACGCUGGGCUCAUUUUCAUCAUGCCAACAGUGGUGGUGAUGGACGUAUCCCUUUCCAUGACCCGACCUGUGACUGUGGAGGGGUCUGAGGAAUAUCAGCGCAAGCACCUAGCAGCCCACGGUUUGACGAUGCUGUUUGAGCACAUGGCCACAAAUUACAAGCUUGAAUUUACAGCCCUGGUGGUUUUUUCAUCACUCUGGGAGCUGAUGGUUCCCUUCACAAGGGAUUAUAACACCCUACAGGAAGCAUUAAGUAAUAUGGAUGAUUAUGAUAAAACCUGCUUGGAGUCUGCAUUAGUUGGUGUUUGCAACAUUGUUCAGCAAGAAUGGGGUGGUGCAAUUCCCUGCCAGGUUGUUCUGGUGACAGAUGGCUGUCUUGGCAUUGGUAGAGGCUCGCUGCGGCAUUCCCUAGCUACACACAAUCAACGAAGUGAGAGCAACAGGUUCCCACUACCUUUCCCCUUCCCAUCUAAGUUAUACAUCAUGUGUAUGGCAAAUUUAGAGGAGCUUCAGAGCACUGACUCCUUGGAUUGCCUUGAACGUCUCAUAGAUUUAAAUAAUGGCGAAGGGCAGAUUUUUACUAUUGAUGGCCCCCUAUGCUUGAAAAAUGUUCAGUCUAUGUUUGGAAAACUGAUAGAUCUGGCAUACACGCCUUUCCAUGCUGUUCUCAAGUGUGGCCACCUGACGGCAGAUGUGCAAGUCUUCCCCAGGCCAGAACCUUUUGUUGUAGAUGAGGAAAUCGAUCCUAUCCCUAAAGUCAUUAACACAGAUUUGGAAAUAGUGGGAUUUAUUGAUAUAGCUGAUAUUUCCAGUCCUCCAGUUCUGUCCAGACAUCUGGUCCUACCUAUAGCACUUAACAAAGAAGGUGACGAGGUGGGUACUGGCAUAACUGAUGAUAAUGAAGAUGAAAAUUCAGCUAAUCAGAUUGCAGGCAAAAUUCCCAACUUCUGUGUCCUGCUCCAUGGCAGCCUAAAAGUGGAAGGAAUGGUAGCAAUAGUUCAGCUAGGUCCUGAAUGGCAUGGAAUGCUCUACUCCCAAGCUGACAGCAAGAAGAAAUCAAACCUCAUGAUGUCCCUCUUUGAGCCUGGCCCAGAACCUCUCCCAUGGCUAGGGAAAAUGGGACAGUUGGGUCCUAUUUCAGAUGCUAAAGAAAACCCUUAUGGUGAGGAUGACAAUAAGAGCCCAUUCCCCCUGCAGCCUAAAAACAAACGCAGUUAUGCCCAGAAUGUGACUGUCUGGAUCAAACCCAGUGGCCUGCAGACAGAUGUACAGAAGAUUUUAAGAAAUGCAAGGAAAUUACCUGAAAAAACGCAGACAUUCUAUAAGGAACUGAACCGUUUACGAAAGGCUGCCCUGGCCUUUGGUUUCCUGGACCUGCUCAAAGGGGUGGCCGACAUGCUGGAAAGGGAGUGCACGCUGCUGCCCGACACAGCCCACCCCGACGCAGCGUUCCAGCUGACCCACGCUGCCCAGCAGCUCAAGCUGGCCAGUACUGGCACCUCCGAGUACGCUGGCUAUGACCACAACAUCACACCUUUGCAGACGGACUUUUCUGGGAGCAGCACUGAGCGAAUGUAAAGCUGACUUUGGGGGCCUUUCUUCUUUUUCAUUUAAGUCCGAAUGAUUUAGGGUGAAACCUUCUCCAGUGUCCACCUCUGCAGCAGCCACCGGAGGCUGCCUCAGAAGCACCACUUGCUGGUUUGAAUGACUCCAACGGUCUAAGGGCUUUGACCUUCGCUUUCUAGGCUCAGUCUUUCAGCCCAAGAUACCUGAUGGGUACAUCUGAGAAACUUGAAGGUGUGAUGGGUACAGAGCUCUCCCCCUUCCUCAGGAAACCUGACCCACAGGGGUCUCUGGCUUUCUGAAAGGCAUCUUCUCUCCUCUCAGUCCUAAGAACAUUUUCAAGAUUCUGCCCUUGGAUUAAGCAACCCAGACUGUCUGGGUCAAGCUAAGGACAAGCCCUGCACCACUAAGUUUCGGAACCUUUCUUAGGACUUGGGCAAAACUUUUUCACUUAGGUGCUUUUGGUAUGUCUUGAGAUACAGACUUUUAAAUAGAAAUCAUAAAUGUAUAAAAUUAUUCCCAUUCAAGGUUUGUUUUUUAAUGAAAAAGUAUUUGAUUUUCUAUAAAAGGUUUCACUGGUAAAUUAGUCUUUGUCUUUUGGUCUGUUCUAUGUGGAUAUAAGUUCAGCUUUCUAUGUGGCAGAUUCAUAAAUCAUGAGGGUUCCUUGUGUUCCAUACUGACUUCCUUGUUUCUGAUACCUGUUAGGUCUCAUUGCCUACGCCAAGUUCCAUUCAGGUAUUCUGACAGGUCACUGCAGUCUGCUCCCCUUCUAAUUCAUCCCUUAGCUUCGUGUCAUUGGGCAAGUCCUGUAUCUUCUCUAGGUUUUAUUUAUAUUAUCAGUGCUUUUCAGAUUGCUCUGUGGGCCGCCUAAAGCAACGGUCACCAAUCGGUGGUCCAUGAGGUCCAAAAGGUUGGCGACCACUGGCCUAACGUAUUACUUCCUACACUUCAACCUUAGCAUCCACUUUUGGUUUAGCAAUAUUUUGUCUGGAUAAAGGACUAUCACUAACAAUUUGAAGACCAUUAGAGUAAAUAAGUGAUCUUUAAACACAAGUUAUGAUUUUGACUGUAAAUGUUUAAUAGAAAUACACAAUCUUUUGCUCUCUCAGACAGACAGUAACACAAAGGCUUGUUAAGAAUGUAAGAUUUGCCACAGAUGCAGCAUAAUCUGCUGCGAAGCUGAUCUGCCUAAUUACACACAGAAACUCAGGGGAAAGAAUAUCAGAAAUUAAUACAAACAAGUACUGACAGAAGAUACAAACAUGCAAAAUAUCCUUCAGUGCAAUGACCUUGUAAAAAAAAUCAGCCAGUCUGCUAAUCAUAUGAUUUAGGUCAAACCAAGUUUCCGCCUUGGGCUCAGAGAAACAGCAUAGCUCAUUUAGUCCCUUUUUCCCCGGGACAAUGGGAAUGGCACAAUCGUGCCUUAAAUUCUUCCCUACAAGCAUUACUUCUAACACAUUUUGCUUGGAAUGUGAAAGAAAUUGAUGUUUUUGACAAUGGCCAAACUUCAUAAUGCCUAGGUUUUUUCAUUUCUCUUGGUGGGUUUCCUGCCAGGAACCUGUGUUAAUGGACCAGCUGGUGGUUCUCUAGCCAGUGUUCUCUGCUCACUGUCCAACUUCAGAAGUGAAACAGCAGAAUAAAAGCGGGUGUUUUGAGGUCUACUAAA